CUUCCACAGAGCAUCAGCCGCUUGAUAGCUUCAGCUACAGUAGAAAUGCACAGUACUUUGUGUAUACUACCUUUUGAUGAACUUCUAAAGAAAAAUAACUGUAGCUAGGUUACUUGGUAAGUAUGUGGUUCAUCUAAGCUUUUACGGUAAAUGGUUUGAUAAUAACCAAUGCUAUAGCUCAGAGUGAAGCUAGCUAGCUAGCAUGAUGGAUUGCUAACCCUUAUUCAUGACUCCAAUUCCUUUGGGCUCCCUUGGGUUUUCGAAAGCUAGCUCGGGGCUAGCUAACAACAUCAUCCUUCUGGUGUAAUAUUAUGGAUUUUGGUGAUUGAUAUGAUUCUUUGACUUCACUUUAGAAAAUGGAGGGUUAUCCUGCGGUCUACGAAGAGCAGACCGAUUCUACAAAACAGCAAGAAAGACAUUACUACUUACUUUCAGAACUACAAACCCUUGUCAAAGAUUUGCCCAGGUAACCAGCCCAACCAAGCACCAUGGGAGAAUCUCAAUUGCAUUUACUUUAUUCCUCGCGUCCAUCUAAAAGGUGAGGAAUCAAGUAAAUGCAAUUGAGAUUCUCAACAUAACGUUAUCUUAUAUGCACUCAUGGUCCCUAGUUAUCUACAGUUGUUGGAUGUCAGAGGCAUGUCAGAAUUUCAGGUAGUUCAGGUAGUCCUUGUUAUGGUCUGUUUGGUUCCUAGUGAAUACACCCCAGGUGUUACAGAAACUAGACUUGACCUCCAGGCACAAAUCUGUUUAACUAUUUCUCCCACAUGUCCAGCUCCUUUCAGCAGCGCCUGUCCUACACCACACUGAGUGACCUGGCUCAGGCACUCAUAGACGGAACAGUGUAUGAUAUAGUACAGGGACUCCUGGACAUCCAGCACCUGACUGAGAGGAAUCUGUACAACCAGAGACAAAAGCUGCACUGUGAACAUCGAGGUGUGUCUCUCUUUAGGUUUCAAAUGUUCUCUGUCUUAUUAAAAAAAAAACAUUUGAGUGUAUGUUGGUGUGCCAGGGAUCUGAGGUCAUUCACCAUUACAAUGUCUCAAUAUUCUCUUCCUCAUGCCCAGCACUCAAGCAGGAUUUGGUUCGUAAGCAUAAAGAAGCCCUACAGGUUUGCAAGUCCCACAACCUUGCAGUUAUGAAAACCAAUCAACAAGGAGAAACAGAGGUAUGGAAUUGACAAAGCAUCAUGCCAUUAUUAAAAUUCAGUUUUUCUCUGACUGCACACUAUUUUGUUUGAUGUGCAGUUAAAUUAGUUUUACACAUGUUAUCCAAACAUCCCUCCAUCUAUAUCACAGCCACAUCGUUAAUUUCUAUUGAUCAUGUCUGAGGACAUUAUGAUUGUCUCUAUCAGGCUCUGGAGAGUCGAGUGAGAGAGGAGCAAAGGAUGAUGGAUGAGAAGAUUGUGGUGGAGAUGGACCAAAAGGUGAUAGACCAGCAGAACACCUUGGAGAUGGCUGGAGUCCCAGGGUUCUACAUAACCACCAAUCCCCAGGUGAAUCAAAACUUUAAAUGUACAUUCUAGUGCAUAUGGCAGAUACAUGAAACAUAAUGGUUAAAUGUCAUUGUGUGCCUCUACAUAAGCCCCUACUCAUAACCAGAUGUCUAUUCUAUCAAAUAAUAUGGUAGAUUUUAGUUUGUGUCACCAUUCUAAUGUUGACGUAAUCCUGAUUAUUUAGAUAAAUGUAUUGCCUUGAAUUCUAGAGAAAUUAUUUGUUCUGCAGUUUGAAGUGUUGAAAGCUAAGUACACUGCCAUUGGGGUCAGGGGGUGAAACACAGAUUGCAGUGCAGAAACAUUUCCAGUAGAUGGUGGUAGAGGCUCUCUCGUUCCACCAUUGUAACAGACCUGCUACGCUGCAGGCGUAGCCAAAGCACCCCAUUAUUGUGUGGUUUUAGCUGCUUUACUGGAAGCAUAUCCUGGAGGCAGUGCAAGCAGAGCCCCAGCCACUUUAAAGGGAUACUGUGAGAUUCCGGCAAUUAAGCUGUUUUUCUACUUCCUACUGUACCUGUAGACUUCCAGUAAUUGCGCCAACGCUAAUUAGCAUUGGCUUGCGAAACUACCUCUAACUUCCUUCAUACUGCACACAGAGACAUAAAAAUGGUACCCACAAGUUAAUCUGACUUAAUUGCCAGAAUCUCGCAGUAUCCAUUUAAAGUGAUUUUGGGCGAGAGCUGCUUAUCAAAUUCUUGUUUUUGCAGGACUGCACUGCUCAUGUGGCCAGUGUAGCAGGCUUCGUUGACAGCAAAAGUUGCAUGUCCAGUGUAGUAGUAGGUCUGUAAUGACUCGGGAGGUUUCAUGUUCCCUUCUUGUCAUUUCAGGAGCUGACGAUGCAGAUGAACCUGCUGGAACUGAUCCUUAAACUUCAACAGAAAGAAUCACAGUCAGGAGUUCUGUCCUGAGAGACAGACAGACCGCCAGGGUCUGAUUGUGUUAAAGCACUGGACACUAAAGAGCAUAUCCAAGAGUGGAUUGACACUUCAAAGAGCAUCCUGUCCUUUUGUUAGUGAGCACUUGAGCAGGGCUCAGGAUUCACGUUCACUUCCAAAAUGUUCAGGUUCAUGUCCUCAGGAGCUGUAUGUGUUCCUUAAAUGCACAUGGAAACCAAGAAGUUGUAUUGCUUUGUGAUUCUAUGUAGAAAUCACUGGUUCUGGAUGGCAAUGGGGCUGUGAUGAGAGUGCAGGAAUUUGAAAAAUCACUGAAAGCUGUAGAUACGUUUCUAUUUGUGUUGCCACUCACUCACACAGAUGAAAUAUGGAAAUAAUUAAUAUUAUUCAUCCAAGUUGUCAUGUUCAUGAUGAUAUUAAAUUAUUAUUUUUCAUUCAUGUUAAUCAGCAUUACAUGUUUACCAUGAUUUUGGCCACUGUAAAAUGUGUUCAUGAAAUAGUCAAUUUACUUUGAUUAUUGAGACUCAUGUUUCAUUAUUAGUCUAGUCAGUGACAAUAGGGUCAACCUACAUUGGUUAAAAUAUAUUAAACUGACUAGUACUAUACAAACUUGGAGGACUUGAAUAUAAUUUGCAUUCUGAUACUAUAGCAUCCAGUUAUUUGUUACUAUGGUAGAUGAAUACUUCUGACAGCUUCAAACUUUACUUUAAGCCUAUACACUUGUGGGAAUUGGCAAUAUGGAUAGAGCUAAAUUGAAAUGUUUCUUACA